ACGUAGUUACCAGAGCCCUUGCGAGCGACAAUGGCGAGCAACGGCGAUGAAUCACCCAGUUCCGGCGCCAGCGCCGCGAACGAGAACCCCGCGUCCGCCGCAUUCAGUUCAGACCAGCUGCCGACGAAUUCCAGUCAAAAUUACACGGACGACGAUGGCGAAGCGUCUGUCGAAGCCGAAAUAAUCAGAGAUGAAGAAGAAGACAACAUCGACGACGAAGGAGAGGACCUCUUCAACGACCAAUUCAUGAAUGAUUACCGGAGGAUAGGAAAGCAGGACCAGUACGAAACCUUGGGUCUGGAUGAUUCCAUGGAGGAUGAUAGGGAUUUUGACCGGAUUAUGGCUGACCGCAGAGCUGCUGAGAUCGAACUCGAUGCAAGACAACCUUCUCCUUCUCACCGCAAGUAUCCCCAGAUUCUUCACGGCCAAGACACCGAUGAUGAUGAAGACAGGCCGCCAAAAAGAACUAGAGGCGACAGGCAGCCAAAUACUCCAACCAGCAUGGAUGAUACUGACGGGAUACCCAGUUCACCUGGUAGAUCACAAAUAGGGAACUUCAGAGAUGAUGUAUCCGUGUCUGAUACGGACGAUGAAGAAGAGAAUGAGGAAGGUGAGUUUGAGAUGCAUAGAGUUCAAGGAACCCUCAGAGAGUGGGUUACGAGAGAUGAAGUGAGGCAUUUCAUCGCCAAGAAGUUCAAGGAGUUCUUGCUUACUUAUGUGAAUCGAGAAAUUGGUCAUGGAGACUUUGAGUAUCUAAGGCAGAUAAAUGAAAUGGUGGCGGUUAACAACUGCAGUCUGGAGAUUGAUUACAAACAAUUUAACUAUACCCACCCGAAUAUUGCAAUCUGGCUUGCAGAUGCUCCUCAGUCGGUUCUCGAGGUCAUGGAAGAAGUUGCCAAUAAGAUUGUUUUCCAGUUUCAUCCAAAUUACAGCAAAAUCCAUCAAAAGAUAUAUGUGCGCAUCACCAACCUGCCCCUGUAUAAUCAGAUACGCAACAUUAGGCAGAUACAUUUAAACAUCAUGAUUCGUAUUGGUGGAGUUGUGACUAGACGUUCUGGAGUCUUUCCUCAGUUGCAGAAAGUUAAAUAUGACUGUAACAAAUGUGGGGCAAUUCUUGGACCUUUGUUCCAGAAUUCUUACUCAGAGGUGAAGGUUGGUUCUUGUCCAGAGUGCCAAUCGAAAGGACCAUUUACUGUUAACACUGAACAGACAAUAUAUAGGAAUUAUCAGAAACUUACUCUUCAAGAAAGCCCGGUUAUUGUUCCUGCUGGUCGACUUCCAAGAUACAAAGAAGUGAUACUGUUGAAUGAUCUCAUUGAUUGUGCCCGACCAGGGGAAGAGAUUGAAGUGACUGGCAUAUAUACCAACAACUUUGACUUGUCACUGAAUACAAAGAAUGGAUUUCCCGUCUUUGCCACGGUUAUUGAAGCGAAUUACAUCUCCAAAAAACAUGACCUCUUUUCAGCCUACAAGCUUACCCAAGAGGACAAAGACGAAAUUGAGAAGUUGGCCAAAGACCCAAGAAUCGGAGAACGGAUUAUCAAGUCGAUAGCCCCGUCAAUCUAUGGUCAUGAGGACAUAAAGACUGCAAUAGCUCUUGCUAUGUUUGGUGGUCAAGAGAAAAACGUUGAAGGCAAACACCGUCUACGAGGGGAUAUAAAUGUGCUUCUUCUUGGUGAUCCUGGAACAGCCAAGUCCCAGUUUCUUAAGUAUGUUGAAAAGACUGGACAGAGAGCAGUUUAUACUACUGGGAAAGGAGCUUCUGCCGUAGGUCUAACAGCAGCGGUUCACAAAGAUCCAGUUACGAGAGAAUGGACUCUAGAAGGAGGCGCUCUUGUUUUGGCUGAUAGAGGCAUAUGUCUUAUUGAUGAGUUUGAUAAGAUGAAUGAUCAGGACAGGGUAAGCAUUCAUGAAGCAAUGGAGCAACAGAGUAUUAGCAUAUCAAAAGCUGGGAUUGUCACAUCUCUCCAGGCUCGCUGCUCUGUAAUUGCGGCAGCAAAUACUGUUGGAGGAAGAUAUGAUUCCUCAAAGACAUUUACACAAAAUGUGGAAUUGACCGAUCCAAUUAUUUCCCGCUUUGACAUUCUCUGUGUGGUCAAGGACGUGCCUGAUCCUUUAUUAGACGAGAUGCUAGCACAAUUUGUAGUUGAUAGUCACUACAACUCACAAGCUAAAGGUGGCAGCUUUGAGGAUAUACCUGUGAGUAAUUCACAGGAUGGAGACCAAGAUUCAUCGAGACAAACGGAUCCUGAGAUAAUUCCCCAAGAGUUGCUAAAGAAGUACAUGACAUAUGCCAAGCUGAAUGUCUUUCCAAGGCUGCAUGAUGCAGAUCUUGACAAGCUUACACAAGUCUAUGCUGAAUUACGCAGAGAAUCUUCGCACGGACAAGGAAUUCCUAUAGCAGUUAGACACAUAGAAUCAAUGAUACGGAUGUCUGAAGCCCACGCAAGAAUGCACCUUAGGCAACAUGUCACUCAAGAAGAUGUGGACAUGGCUAUCCGAGUUUUGCUGGAAUCCUUCAUUUCAACCCAAAGGUUCGGUGUGCAGAAAGCUUUGCAAAAGAGCUUCAAAAGAUAUAUGAUUUUCAAGAAGGAUUUCAAUGGAAUACUUCUCCACCUUCUACGAGUACUUGUGAAGGAUACCCUGCACGUUGAACGAAUUCUGUCUGGUUCCACCGCAAAUCUUUCUUAUGUUGAUGUGAAGGUGGAAGAACUGCGAAGCAAGGCCCUUGAUUUUGGAAUCAGUGACCUGGAAGCUUUCUUCAAGAGCUCAGAAUUUUUUAGUGCCAACUUUGAGCUAGACGAGGCAAGAGUUUCGCCACCGUGUUUUCAUAAUCACUUUGGAAUGUUUUGGAAGCAGUUGAUGAGGUUUGCAUGUGGACAGCCAUUUGGGAUUUCCUUAAAACAGCAAUCUGAGACAUAUUCAGACAAACCUAAUUUCUCCUCCCCAAAAAAUCGCCGCCAUCCUCGAUCCUUAUCCUGCAAUCUGAGCGCCUCCUCAGCGGUUGACCGGCUUCGCCGGUGGUCAGCCCUCCACCGUUUCUCUCAUACCCUGUUCGUGCACCUCACUCCAGCGCUAGGGAUGGAGGGGUUUGGGAGGCUAGGUCUUUCCGUCACCGGACUCUGGCCUUGGUCUACCCCGAUUUCUAUGGUGGUUCUGAGAGGGAUAUGUCGUCGGGGGCUGGGAGUAGCUUGGGUGGCUUGUGGCGUACUGGUCGGACUAGGGUGGUCGGGGCUGAGGCACUUUUCUUGCUCCCGUUUUUUCUCUGCUCGCUGGUGUGAAGUAGGAGAGAAGGUCGGUGCACCGGUCUCGGCUAGUGGUGUUGGCCGGAUCUGGUGUAGUGACGGUGUGGGGUGGCGAGUUUGCUUGUCUUCAGUUGUGGCCGGGCCUAGCCGGCGGUCGUGCGUAGCUGCUGAUGCUCGGGAGCCUUUCGAUCUCCCGUUCCCCUUGUCCUCUGAUUCUGGGUUCGGGGGGUACCGGUGUUGCCGGACUCGGCUAGUGGUGUUGGCUGUAUUCGAAGCAUUGGUGGUGUGGGGAGUGACAUUGGUUCUCGGUCGGUGGAUAGGCGGGCAGCCUUUGGGUGCGGUUCGAGGCUCGAGUUGCCGUCUCAGCUAG